ACACACACCCCAAAAUGCUCUCACAGGCACACAUUCAGAGAACUUUCUCUCGCGCGUACACACUUACAUGCUGACAAGCAGGCAGGCAGACACACCCUCUCCCAUUAUCUGUGCGGCGAGCAAAUCUGCUCAUAUUGUUGUUAGCAGCGAGGGGCUGUAUUUCGCUCUUCAGCAGCAGCAACAGCAGCAGCAGGACGGGUCCAGAGGAGAGCAGUCAUUACCAGAGAUCACACACCAGCUUCUAAAACUGAAGCGUGUGCCUGUGGGACAGCCAUGGAGGACACCCUCACCUGCAGCCAUGCCACCUUCUCCCAGGUGUUUGGACGCCAGGGACAGCUCAUGCAUGCCACGGUCCAGUCUCUCAACAGCCUGAACGACCAGAUUGCUCAGUUCAUGGUGACCAGACCUUGUAGCCUGGCUCACGAGGACAAGGCCUUCAUGCCGGGAGAGAGGGACACCUUGAAGAAGUCCAUGACUCUGAUGAGACACCUACUCGUGGAUGCUCAGGGGAAAAUUCUUAAAAUGAUGGAAGACAACAAACAGCUGGCACAGAGGAUUGAUGGGGCCAUCCAGUCCGCCAGUCAGGAAGUGACCAACCUCCGCUCUGAGCUUUCCGCCACCAGCCGCAGACUGGCAGAGCUGGGUGCCAGCAGCCCCCCUGCCUUGGAGAACCACCACAAGUACAAUCACCACGAUGACAGCCUCCACUAUCGGGAUCCAUCAAUGCAUCACAGACAGAAGACAGUGGUGACAGACAUGUGCUACCCGACAGAGAUAUCCAGCCUGAUGGACUUUGGCACCCCAGACUGCUCGCUAGGCAAAGUGUUGUUGCGUGAGGAGGUGGCGCAGCUUCAAGAGGAAGUCCACCUGCUGAGGCAAAUGAAGGACAUGUUGAGUAAGGACCUGGAGGAGACCCAGGGAGGCUGCUCUGCCGAUCUGCUCUCAGCCACCGAGCUCCGUGUGCAGCUGGGUGACAAGGAGCAGGAGCUGGACCGUGCCAAGGAGGCCUUACAAGCUAUGAAAGCUGACCGUAAGCGUUUAAAAGUGGAGAAGGCAGACUUGGCGAGUCAGAUGCAGCAGCUGUACACAACACUGGAGAACAGAGAAGACCAGCUGCGAGAAUUCAUACGCAACUAUGACCAACACCGAAAGGAGAGUGAGGAUGCAGUGAAAGCCCUGGCUAAGGAGAAGGACAUGCUUGAGAGGGAGAAAUGGGACCUGAGGAGGCAGACCAAAGAAGCCACAGAACAGGCCAACAUCCUGCGUUCUCAGAUGGACAUGAAGGAGAAUAGGGUCAAAGAACUGGAGGCUGAGCUCACCAUGGCGAAGCAGUCUCUCGCCACCUUGACAAAAGACGUACCGAAGCGUCACUCACUGGCCAUGCCGACUGAGCCUGUAGUGAACGGCAGUCAGGAGUGGGUGAUGCAGGCCGACCUGCCGCUCACUGCGGCCAUCCGUCAGAGCCAACAGACCCUCUACCAUGGACACACCACGGACAGACAGGCUGUGGUAAGGAUCAGCCCCUGCCAUUCUCGCCAGCCCUCUGUCAUCUCUGACGCCUCGGCAGCCGAUGGAGACCGCUCGUCCACGCCCAGCGACAUCAACUCACCUCGCCACCGGACCCACUCCCUCUGCAAUUCCAUGGAGGACCUGGAGGACCAGAAGCGUAAGAAGAAGAAGGAGAAGAUGACUCUGGGAUCCCUGUCGCGGGUGUUCGCUCGAGGCAAGCAGCGCAAGUCACUGGACCCCGGCCUGUUUGAUGGUACAGCCACCCCUGAUUAUUACAUAGAGGAGGAUGCAGACUGGUGAUGCUGUGUGUGUGUGUGUGUGUGUGUGUGUGUGUGUGUGUGUGUGUGUGUGUGUGUGUGUGUGUGUGUGUG